UGUUCAAUUUUAUUUUCUUUCCUGAUUCUUGUAUUAGAUGACGAGUACUUGCCGUAGAUUUGAUAUUGUGAGACUAUAACGUUGAUUGUUUCUCGAUGAGUACUUGCUGCAUGAUUUUUCGAGUGCAUGUUCAAGUUUACAUGUGAAAGAAAGGAUUUCGCUUGAUAGGUGUUUGCGAUAAUGCUUGUCCCAUGUGAUCAGGGCCCUCCAAGCCUGGGAAUGGCUGGUGCACAUCCCUGUCUUUGGCUGAAGAAACUCAUGGGCCACCAUGACCAGAAUUCUUGCCGCCUUGCGACACAAUUUUCUAAACUUUUUGCCUCUGCAAACCAGACCAGUAAUUAAUAUAAUGCAAUAUUGGACACACAAUACCAGUAGGAUCUGAGGGCAUGAUGAUUCCGUUAAAGCACGCGUUGUUCCUGGUCUUCCAAAUUGACCAAACUACAGCAGCUACUCCACAAGCUACAAACCCUCUACUACUAACAGGGAGCUUACUAAUCCAGACAGGGAUACCAUAAAAAACACCAGGCAUCUCUUGCAAAUUAAACAUACAUUUGAUCACAUGCCAAACAUAUCUAGCAACAGGGCACAAGAAGAACAAGUGAUCUAUCCCUUCUCUAGUAUUACAAAACACACAAUUUGCACUUCCUUUCCAUCCCCGGUGCAAUAAGAUAUCUUUGGUCAGUAUACUUUUUUCAGUAACUAGCUACAAGAAGACUUUAAUCUUAAGGACAGUAUAACUAAGAUUGCCCUCAUGUUUACAUCAUGGCCGAUCUUGCCCAAAAUAUGUUUAGUAUCUUGCUCUGAUCCGUACUACUAGUCAUUAAUGACAGUACAAGAAAGAUGGCCAAUGAAGAAUUGCUGAGGGAUAAGCUUGAUAGUUACUGGCAGGCCUUAUAAAAAAUUGACCUACUAAUUAGUGAACCUUUUAAGAAUAUAUGUACUUUAUAAUAAGACAUUUUCGUUUACGCGAUGUUAACUAUUAUCCAGAAAAUUUGAUUUUGUAACACUAUACUUGGAUAGUUUGCAGUAUCAUUAUUUGUAUGUAUGCUCUCACUUGUGCCUAGUCACAUCUCCAAAAUCUGAUAUCUCUAUCAAAAUAGGGCUUGUCCAGUAGACCAGUACCCCCAAGCCGCUGUGGCAGCAGCAGCGGUGAGGUGAGGAAGGCGGUUAUAAGCAUGGAGCCCAAAGAGAAGCCCGAAACGACCAGCGCUGCCAGCCCACCUCCACCGCGGCUGGACUGCAUAAAGUGCUUCGAUGCGCUAUGGUUCUGCUAUACCCCUCUCCACCAGCUGCAGACCUACUACCGCCACGGGGAUUUUGACACCUGCUUCGGCAAGUGGGGUGAUCUCGUUGACUGUCUCUCGCUCAAGACGAAGCGGAGGGCGGAGGUAGAGGAGAUCCUCAUCGCGCGGGAGAAGGCCAAGCCGCACAUCUGGACCUUCCGGACUGCCGAAGAGGCGCAGGCGAACUGGUGGCAGAUGUACAAGCACAAGGUGGUGAUGUCGUCGCCACCCAAGACUGCAGGUUCUGCUGUGCCUCCUCCUGGAUCAUCUGGUGUUCUUUCCUGAGAAUUGAAGGUCAGGGGAGCCUACAGAAGCGUCGGUUGUGCUUUUGUGCGCUGUGCUUAGACCGCUGGUCUUUGUUGAAACUUGAAUGUACCCUGGCAGGGUAAAUAAUUGGAACCUUGGAUGGAAAGAUACCUUAAUCCUGUUCUGUAGAUCAUGGCAGGCAACUGAACCAAAAUGUUCUGGUGGUUCUUUUGCUAUUUUUUGCACCAGCUAUGAUGUUAGCCUUUUUGCUUACUUCCUUGCCAGGCAUAAAUGUUUUGGCUUGUGCUGUAGUGUGUUCUCAUUAAUUUCUGAAUGAAGACUAAUUAAUUUUUGUUCAAA